CAUACGCAUAAUUAGUGGUUUUCCGGAAUCUCCGGACAGAAUAAACAGAAAAAUGUUACGCCCUGAGGUGGUUAAACAAUUGGAGAGCCCAGCAAUGGGGCUGGCUACUUCGUGGGCCAUUUCACGCCGAAGUGUGCCAUGUAGUAAUUUGGAAGAGGUGCGGGAUGCCUUUAAGCGAAAGUAUUGGCCGUUCGAGAAGAACAAGGUUGCAAAGAACAAUGCGAAGGCUAUCAGACUGCGAGAACAGGGGAAUUUGGCAUACAAAACAACUCCCAAAGAUCCUGAUCUGGCCAUGGAGUAUUAUAAUAAAAGUAUUUGCAUGGCGGAAGAAGAUUCAGAAGAGCUGGGUAUUGGUUAUGCCAAUCGAUCUGCGGUUUACUUCAAUAGACAAAUGUACCGAGAGUCCUUGCAGAACAUCCAGCUUGCCAAACAACAUCAUUACCCUGAACGACUGAUGAACAAGUUGAACGAACGCGAAAAACGCUGUCUUGAGAAUAUAGUGGAUUCGACGGAAAAUCCUCAGGAAGCUGCAACAGGGGAGAAACAUUGUUCCUUGAAAUCCUGCUUGGAAAUGGGUGAAGAUGGCAAAGGCAUCCGUACGAGUUGCGACUUGAGCGCCGGCGAGAAAGUGCUGCUGGAAAAGCCUUUUCUGCUUGUCGUAGAACCCGAGCUAGCCUACAAGCGAUGCGACUACUGCGGAGCGAGCAACAACUUUAAUUUACGACCCUGUACGUCCUGCACUGCGGUGAUGUAUUGCAGCGAGAAUUGCCAAGAACAGGCAUUACAAAGAUAUCAUCAGUUUGAGUGCGAAAUAGUGGAUGAGUUGAAACUAAUGUUUCGUGGUCCAAAGGCAAACAGACUUCUACAUCUUUCGCUGAGAUUGUUUUGGCAUGGCAUGCUUCUAUACCAAGAAGAUCCGCAAACAUUUCCGCAACGGUGCGAAAAUCGUUCAGAACUCGAGCAGUUCCGCAACCCAUUCACAUUGGAGCCAUCGGAUUACUUCUUCUAUCUAUAUCUGAAGGGCUCCGAAAAAAUGUUUUCUAUUGAAGGUAGCACCGAGGAGACAUAUUUAACCGGGAUGUGUGUUACGCAGUUCGUCACCGUCCUUAUUUACUACAUAGCUGUCGAAGAAAACUCAUCCUUGGUUCAACGCUUUGAAGGAAAAGUAGCUGGAGAAAUAUUGCGAAAAUCGCUGUACGCACUGGUGCGUCAAAUGGCUAGUUUGGCUGACUACCGAACGGAAGAAACGACAUGUUUUUAUCCAUUUUCACGUCUUAUUCGACACUCCUGUGCCCCGACUGCUGAACGGUUUUUGCAUAAUUUCCAGACUAUGGUUGUGCUUAAGCGCCCCGUUCAAAUGGGGCGGGAAAUCACUAUAGCAUAUGAUGAAAAACUUACCACCGAUCGUGCUACUAAAGAGAAACGCUUGGAAAAGACUGAGAGGUAUAAUCUUAAAAACUGCAACUGUGAAGGAUGUAAGGCAGAUUAUCCACUGCUGAAGGAUAUAGAAAAGGACGAGGACUUGUCGAAAGAAUUGGAGACGAUAAGAGCUGAAGCGAAUGGAGUUAACCAACGAAAGAAGCUUGCCGAAUUUUUGGAUCGAUACGAUGACUUGUAUCCGAAACAAGAAUUAGCCGAAGCUUGGAACAUGUACAGGGAGUUUAUCCUUAAGGAAUUGUGAGCAAACUGAGCAAUGCCAUUUAUAUAAUAUCUAAUCACCAAUCACAGGAUUACAGGAUGUUGAAGAUAUCGUCAGCCAUUUCAUUUUCAUACUAUUUAAUAGCAAUUUCUCUGAAACUUUAUAAAGAACUGAAAUAGAAUUGAAUUAAAGGAGGGAGAAUUGUUAUUUUAUUAUACUUCGAUCUAUGCCAGACCUAUGUGCUGAAGUCAUUCAAAAAAAAAUACAUGCUCUAAAGUGAGACUCUUUAUGCUCCUCUCACUGCUUUACUUAUCUUUGCGAUCUGCGUUUAACGAAU